UAUACACAGACCAAGAGCCACGACACAAUUGCUCUAGACCAGCAGAGCGCAAGUCAAUCUACGAGCGAAGACCAUCCGAGCAGCCACACGCUUCGCCACUCUCCCCGUCACAAUUAUCGCACCGUAACCGCUUCGAUCCAUCGAGCAGCAUGGCGGCGGUGCUGUCUCCUGCGUCGCUUAGCGUGCAGACAACAAGCGAGUCGCACGCCAAUAGCUCCGCCAAGAAGCGUCCACUGUCUCCCCCGCGGCCGCUAGAUGAGGUGCCCGACGUAUCGGCCGAAGACCUCACGACCCCCAGGCCGACAGCCGGUGGUGGCGGCGGCGGAUCCGUAAGCCCUAAGAACGAGUCCGUGGCUGCCAUCGACCCGCACCAGCUCAAGCUGCUCAAGGUCAUUGGUCGAGGCACCUUUGCGCGUCAAGUGGCCCUGGCCCGUCACAGCGAGACACAAAGCAUGUACGUGGUCAAGACAUUGGACAAGAGCAAGUUAGUGCAACGCAAACAAGUGGUUCACACGCUCGCGGAGAAGAAGGUGCUUGAGAAACUGGGUGGCCACCCGUUCAUCGUCAAACUCUACUCUUCUUUUCAAACCGAUCGCGACCUUAACUUCGUGCUCGAGUACUGCCAAGGAGGUGAGCUCUUCUUCCACUUGCAGCAGCAAUUCUCGCAGAAAUUCGACGAGAACACCACUCGGUUCUACGCUGCUGAAGUGCUCGCAGCACUGAGUGAGCUACACUCCAACGGCGUCGUGUACCGCGAUCUUAAGCCAGAGAAUGUUCUACUCGACGCUCAGGGGCACGUUAAGCUGGCUGACUUUGGCUUUGCCAAGCAGGACAUGGGUCCUGGUCAACGCACCUACUCAUUCUGCGGUUCACCCGAAUACUUGUCACCCGAGAUGGUCAAGAAGAACGGCCACGGUAUGGAGACGGACAUGUGGUCUUUCGGCUGCUUCAUCUACGAGCUGCUGACGGGUUCCCCUCCAUUCCAAUGCGACGAUAUGCACCGCCUUUUCCGGCUUAUCCAGCAAGGACGUGUAUGGUAUCCUCCCUAUCUUUCGGGCCAUGCAAUGUCACUACUCAAGGGCUUGCUGUGCGUGAACCCUGCUAGCCGGCUUACAGCAGCACAGGCCAUGGAGCACCCGUUCUUCACGCUGUCACUCAAUUGGGACGAGCUCGUCCAGCGCCAAGUGACGCCUCCCAUUGUACCUGUGUGCCAUGGCUGCGACUGCACCGACAAUUUCGACGACGACUUCACGAACGCGCCCGUGGCUUCCCUCAAGCUUCAAUCGGGCGAUCUUGUCAAGCGCGUUCGACGCGACGACUGCUCCUGUCCAAUCGGUCGAGCAGACGAGUUCCAAGACUUCUAGCCAUCGAUAUCCCAUCUGUUCAAGACGUUGCAGCGGCGAGUGGAUUCAUUCCUCCUAAAGAGAUCCAGCAAGCUGCGGACAAAGAGAUCCAUGUUCAUAGGUUUCAUGUAGUUAGGGACGGCUUCCUUUGCUCGUUUAAUGUUUUUUAUGGGGUACUUCGUCGUGUACGUAAAUAAUUUAUUCACAAGU